UUUAAAUGACGUAUAAUAAAUUUACUGAUAGAAAAGAAUUUUUCAUCAUACAUUUCGUUGUUGUUGCAUUUUUUGUGUUGUUGUUGUUGUUUUUUCUUGUUUUUUUUUCAAAUAGGCGAAUUCAUGUAAAUAGAAGUAUAUAUAUAUAUAUAUAUUCAAUUGUCUAAGAUACAAAAUUAGUUACUAUAGCAUCUAUUUUUAUUCAUCUCCUUGAUUGAAAUCAAAUUCAACAAAACAUUCAUAAUUUUAAUGAUUUGUAUAACCGGUGGAAUUAUUAUUUCAAUUCUUUUUAUUUUACUUCAUUAGUUCUAUACAUUUGUCUUUUAUUUUGAGCAUUUUGAUAAGUAACAAAAGAUGAAGAAACUUGCAAUGGUCAUAGCAACUAUAUCGCUUCUACUCACCUUAACACAUGGUAUACAACAACAUCAACAGCAACAAAAAUAUCAAGAUAAAAAAAUUGAUCAUAAACUUAAAAGGAAUAAUUUAAUGAAUAAAACUUCACAAUUAUCUCAAUUCAAUCAUCAACAUCAUUCAUAUCAUGUACAACCAAAAAUGAUGAAUUUAAAUUUGAAUGAAUCAGAUGAAAUGAAAAAUGCUACUAAAGAUGUAAUCAAUUUAAUUAUAGGACUUAAAAACAAUAAUAAUAAUGAUGAUGAUGUUCGUGAUGAUGAUGAAUCUGGCUUAAUAGAUGAAGAGGAAGAUAUGGAGUUAAUUGAUGAAUUGAAAGAGUAUAUGCCAAAUGUAUGCUUCGAAACCAAUCCUAAACCGAGACAAUAUCGUCAACGUAUACAAAUCCCUUAUACAAAACUAACACGUGUUUGGGAACCAAAUUGUGAAACUGAAGGUAAUUGGUGUAUCAAAUAUAAAGAACAAACCCAUUAUGCUGUUCAUUAUAAAACAGUUUUUAAAACGGCACCGACAAAACAAUUUCGUUGCUGUCCUGGUUUCACUCGUCAACCUGGAUAUGAAGGUUGUGUUCCGGUAGCUAGUGACUGUAAUGAAUUAAAUAAUUAUUGUCAAAAUGAUUGUGGUCAAGUUCCUGGCUCGAGAAAUUGUAGAUGCCCACCAGGUUAUUUUCUUGCUCCAGACAAACGAAGAUGCCUUGAUAUAGAUGAAUGUACAUAUGAUCGAGGAGGUUGUAUGUACUUUUGUGAAAAUCUUCCUGGAGGUUAUCGAUGUGCUUGCCCUUCGGAUAUGGUCUUAGCACCUGAUAAGAUUUCUUGCAUACCAUUUUUUAAUCCAUGUGAACAUCCGCCUAAUGGUGAUUGUGAACAUAUUUGUACAAGUUUACCAGGUUACAGAUAUAUGUGUUCAUGUAAACCUGGUUAUCAUUUAGCUGAAAAUAAGAAAAGAUGUUUACCUGACAAUCCUUGUCAAAUCAAUAACGGAGGCUGUCAACAUGAGUGUCAUAAUGUAAAUGGUGUAGUUCAUUGUAGUUGUCACGAGGGUUACCAAUUAGUCCCUCAUGAUUCAAAGAAAUGCACCGAUAUUAAUGAAUGUAGCAUGAACAAUGGAGGUUGUCAACAGCUAUGUAGAAAUGUAGAUGGUUCUUACAGCUGUGAUUGUAAUCCUGGUUGGCAAAUAGGAAAUGAUGGGAAAUCCUGUUAUCGUGUUGUCUUAGAAGUAAGUGACCCAUGUCGAUUUGACAAUGGUGGAUGUACACACAUUUGUUCAAGAACAGAUUCUGGAACAGCAGAAUGUUCUUGUAGUCCAGGUUAUGAUUUACAAGCUGAUGGUCGAACUUGUUCAGAUCGUGAUGAAUGUGUAAUUGGUGAAGCUAAUUGUUACGGUCAAGCUGUAAUUUGCAUUAACGAACCAGGAACAUACCGUUGUGAAUGUCAAACAGGAUUUCGCAUCAGCCCAGAUGGACAUUCAUGUCAAGAUAUUGAUGAAUGUCUGGACGACAACGGUGGAUGCGAGUUUCAAUGUGUGAAUACAAUAGGCGGUCAUAGGUGUUUGUGUGAUUUUGGUGAUGAAUUGAACCCAGAUGGAAGAACCUGCUCACGCUCAUCCAGUUAUGUACGAGAUGAUUCUAGUACGUUAUUCACACCGACAAAACAAAAUCGCAAACAGUUGAAUAUGAAGCCAACACAACGAAUCUUAAUAGGUGAUGUUCAUCAGUUUUCAAAACCACGAACAUCAUUUGAUUCAAGGGGUAGUUUAUGUUUACCUGGACGAUUUGGACAUGAUUGUAGUUUUACAUGUUCACAUUGUGAAAAUGGUGGUCGAUGUAAUCGAGAUUUAACUGGAUGUGAAUGUUCAUCUGGUUAUAAAGGAAUUAUCUGUGAAGAAAAAUGUCCAAAGGGACUAUGGGGUGUGGACUGCAGACAGUACUGUGACUGUGCAAAUGAUGUCGACUGUGAUUCAGUAACUGGGGUUUGUCAAUGUCCUCUAGGUCGUCAUGGUACAAGAUGUGAACUGCCCGGAUGCCAAGCAGGAUUUUGGGGACCUCAAUGUGAUCGUCUAUGCCCAAAUCAUUGUGCAACAAAUCAAUGUGAUCGUGAAAAAGGCCAUUGUACAUGCUCACCAGGAACGUAUGGGUCGCAUUGUCACUUAAGUUGUCCGGAAAAUACAUGGGGUGAAUUGUGUAGUCUGAAAUGUCCAGCUGAAUGCUUAGACAGUAGACGACAUACAAAGGGCUGUGAUCCUCAGACAGGUGAAUGUAUAUGUAAACCUGGCUAUCAACCACCUAACUGUAUUCUACCAUGCCCGCCGUCAUAUUUUGGUUUCAAUUGUAAAAUGACAUGUUUUGAUUGUCAAAACGGUUGUGAUCCAGUGACUGGACGAUGUCUUGUUGAAUGUCCACCCGGUAAACAUGGGUUAACGUGUGAACAAGACUGUCCCCCAGGGUAUUGGGGUAAACAAUGCUCUCGACAUUGUCGAUGUGGUUAUGACGAAAAAGGGAAUAUCCGGACAUGUGAUCCGACGAGUGGUACAUGCUCAUGUAAAGCAGGUUAUCGAGGAAAGAACUGUGAUGAACCCUGUGAAAUUGGUACUUACGGUCCAAAUUGUCGACUGAAAUGUCAAUGUGGGAUAAGUAAUAUAGGAUGUGAUCCAGUUACUGGUUUAUGUCAGUGUCCGAAUGGAAUUGUAGGACAUAAAUGUAGUAUGCAAAAUGAUAUUUAUUCACCAGAUGACGAACCAUCUUGUCCACCGGGUAGAUGGGGUAAAUCUUGUACAGAAAUAUGUGAUUGUGAAAAUAGUGUUGAAUGUCAUAAAAAUACUGGACUAUGUAUUUGUUUCCCUGGUUUCAUUGGAAAUAAAUGUGAUCAAAAAUGCGAAAAAGGGAAAUAUGGACUUAAUUGUACGGAAACAUGUGCUUGUGUACACGGUACUUGUGAUCAUCGUUCCGGAGCAUGUGAAUGUGAACCUGGUUGGAGAAAUAUGCUGUGUAAUAAACCAUGUGCACCAGGAUUUUAUGGUGCUGACUGCCAACACAGAUGCUUGUGUACAAAUGGUGCUGAAUGUGAUCCUGUUACAGGUGACUGUGAAUGUAAUGAAGGUUGGUAUGGACCAGCAUGUGACCAACCUUGUUCUGAUGGUACAUACGGUAAAAACUGUGUUAAGAAAUGCAACUGCGCAGAUGUUCCAGGUGUAAGCUGUGAUAAAGUCACAGGAAGAUGUAUUUGUCCACCAGGACGUACCGGUAAUGAGUGUUCUGAAUUAUGUCCUAGUGGAUUUUGGGGGGAAGGAUGUUCAAGAACUUGUGCUUGUCUACGGGGAGCUACUUGUGAUCCCAUAACUGGCAAGUGCCGUUGCAGUUCAGGUUGGUACGGUGAAGCUUGUGAGUUGCCAUGCCAAAGUGGCCACUGGGGUGAAAGCUGUUCUGUUCCAUGUCAGUGUUCAGCAAAUACUCGAGACCCAGAAGGAGGUGAAUGUGACAGGUUUACUGGAGAGUGCCGAUGUCCACAAGGCUUUACUGGACCAAAGUGUCAAGAUAAGUGCCCACCUGGGCGUUAUGGAUCAGAUUGUAAACUGAGCUGUCCAUGUCAAAAACCGGGUUCUAGAUGUGAUCCUGUGACGGGAGCCUGUGAAUGUCCACCUGGUUGGUUCGGAGAAACUUGUGAAAGACCAUGUUUAUUGGGAUUCUAUGGAACAAACUGUAAGCAAAGUUGAUCGCAUUUUACAUCGUUAUACUAUCUAGACUCAUGUUUGGUUAAAACAGUUACUACUUUCACUGUCUAUAAAUGAAUAUUCAUUAUUACUAUGUAUGUUAUGCUGAAGCAUUUUAUCCAAGUGAACCCAUUUUUUAUUAUAUUUUUAAUCUUAAUACUUUCACUAUGAUGAAAUUCAUUAUCCUCGAGCGCUUUUUUUUGUAAUGAUUAAUGGUUAAAAAUCACUGUCAACUCUGUUUGAUUAAUGAAAUCGUCAUAACUACUAAAAAUUCAUGUUUAUUUGCCUUAUAAAUGACAACUAGCAAGAAUAAAUCUGAGUAUCUAAUGUUUCUUGAAAUGAAUGAAGAUUUUCUUGGUUGACUAAUUUCAUAUAUACAAUAGUGAAAUUUUCAUUUUAUAUCUUAAUAAAGUUUGUUUCCGAUUAAAUUGAUUCAAGAUUUAUGAGUAUCAAUAUGGAGAAGUGAAUUUCAGUGACUUAUCUUAUUUGUGAUCAUUUUCAAUGAAAUCUUGAUUAAAAAUAAAUAAAUAUAAACUAAAGAAUUUAAGAUUCUUAGUUAUCUGUUUGAUGGAAUUGUAAUCCUUGGCAUGAAUGUUGUUUUCUUUUAAUAAUUUUUAUGGUAAGUAUCACACUACUUUAAAAUCCAAGCAGUAGUAAUAUGAACAAGUAAUAAUAAUUAUAGUAAGAGAGUCGUUGUUGUCUAACCUGCGUCCAGUGUGUUUCACUGAUUCCAAGCACC